CAUUUCUCCGUCUUCCAACCAUUCUUCAUCAACCUUGAAUAAUUCCUCGUUUUCCAAGAACCUAUUUGAGAUCUCGACCCAAAAAAGAAACCCCGUUUCGGAUUUUCCAACAACAAUGCUUUUGAGGCCCGUUUUAGCACUCCCAUUCUCGACCCUCCAAGGGAAUGGCCAUGGCAGUUUUAGUAAGACUUUCUUGUCCAACUUUUCUCUGAGUUCUGAAAAGGGAAAGAAAUUUGUGGCUUCUGCGUCGAGAGAACAAGAUUUUGUGGUGUUCAGGCCAUUUGAGGAGGUUGAGAAAGAUUCUCUUCUUGUUCCGUUGAACCCUCAACUUUCCCUUGCUCGUCACCGAUUUUCUGAUGUGUGUGAAGCCGCCAUUAACGAGCAGAUUAAUGUGGAAUACAACGUCUCGUAUGUGUACCACGCCAUGUUUGCGUACUUUGAUAGGGACAACAUUGCUCUGAAGGGCCUCGCCAAGUUUUUCGAGAAGUCCAGUGAGGAAGAAAGAGAGCAUGCUGUGAAGUUAAUUAGAUAUCAGAACAUUCGCGGAGGAAGAGUAAAGCUGCAUUCCAUAGUACCGCCCUUCUCAGAGUUCGAGCAUGAAGAAAAAGGAGAUGCAUUAUAUGCAAUGGAACUUGCACUGGCUUUGGAGAAGUUGACAAAUGAAAAACUUUUAAGCUUGCACAGAGUGGCGGAGACGAAAAAUGAUCCUCAAAUGUCAGAUUUUAUUGAGAGUGAAUUUCUAACUGAGCAGGUUGAGUCCAUUAAGAAGAUUGCAGAAUAUGUAGCUCAACUGAGGUUGGUUGGGAAGGGCCAUGGAGUAUGGCACUUUGAUCAGAAGCUCCUCCAUGAUGAUGAUGCUGCAUGAUGGACAACUACAUUGCUUGUAGUACUUUGGAUUUUACGCUGAAGUUCCGAUAGUUUAUUGUAUAAUUACUAUGCAGAAAGGCAGAUUUCUUCUGUAAAAACAUGUAUUACUGUUCAGACAAGGUGUUUGGCACUGAUUUAUCUCAUACCAUAUAACAUAUUAAACUACUAGACAUAGAGUUUGGUAUUGAUUCAUCUUGUGCCAUUUUGAUCUUUUUGAUUUGUGGAAUCUUGUGAAACUAGACAAUAUAACUUUUUUUUACUGAGAUCAACAUAUAUGAGCUUUUUCUGGAUCAA